AUGGGCGAUGAGCGGAGAGGCGUGGACGAGGCCAUGGCGGCCAACACGCUGGCCUGGCUGGUGUGCUCGGGCGUGUCCAUCCUGGCCAACGCCUGGGGCAUCCUGAGCGUGAGCGCCAAGCAGAAGAAGUGGAAGCCCCUGGAGUUCCUCAUCUGCACGCUGGCGGGCACGCACAUCCUGAACAUGGCCAUCCCCGUCACCAUGUACUGCGUGGUGUCGCUGCGCCGCCGCCACUCCAGCUACGAGUGGAACGAGGGCCUGUGCAAGGUGUUUGUGUCCACCUUCUACACGCUCACGCUGGUCACCUGCUUCUCCGUCACCUCGCUGUCCUACCACCGCAUGUGGAUGGUGCGCUGGCCCGUCAACUACAGGCUGAGCAACACCAAGAAGCAGGCGGUGCACACGGUGAUGGGCAUCUGGAUGGUGUCCUUCAUCCUGUCCACGCUGCCGGCUGUGGGCUGGCACGACACCAUCAACCGCUUCUACACGUCGGACUGCCGCUUCAUCGUCAAGGAGAUCGGCCUGGGCUUCGGCGUGUGCUUCCUGCUGCUGAUCGGCGGCAGCGUGGCCAUGGGCGUCAUCUGCAUCGGCAUCGCCCUCUUCCAGACCUUCUCCGUCCAGGCGGGCCACCGGGCGGACAAGAACAAGUUCAACGUGCCCACCAUCGUGGUGGAGGACGCGCAGGGCAAGCGCCGCUCGUCCAUCGACGGCUCGGAGCCCCUGAAGACGUCGCUGCAGAUCACCUACCUGAUCAGCGGCAUCGUCUUCAUCUACGACUUCCUCACCGGCUUCCCCAUCCUGGUGGUGAGCUUCGCCAGCCUGAAGUACGAAAGCUCGUACGACUGGAUGAUUCUGUGUGUGCUGUGGUGCUCCAUCGCCCAGUCCAUCCUGCUGCCCAUGUUCCUCUGGGCCUGCGACCGCUACCGGGCCGACGUGCGCAUGGUGUGGGAGAAGUGUGUGGCCAUCAUGUCCAACGACGACGUUGACGAAGACAACAGCCAGGACGGAGGGAUACAUGCCGACUUAAUAUAUGACAGACCAUAUGACUAUAGCAGCGUGCCUGAAAUCGUGACGCUAGACCGUUUUGCCACGUACGAAUUCUCAACCUUAGAAGGGGGGGUUCCCCAUGGUUAUCCAUUGAGGGAACUGCAGGAAGAUAAAAUGCAGUAUUUGCAGGUGCCCCCUACAAGAAGAUUCUCCCACGACGAAACCGACAUGUGGAUCAGCGACCCGAUCCCCUCGUACCUGCGCCACUGGGGCUCCAGCGAGGACGCCAUGGCGACGGCCCUCUACAGCUCCAGCUUGCCACGCCCCGGGAGGCGCAGGAGCAGCCUGGUCUCCUACCACGAGGAGAGCCCCCGCCGCCAUCACCGCCCGCCUCCCCCCCACCCGCCGCCCCCCCACGCCACCCACCCCCGCCGCAAGAGUCGGCGCCGCAGCUCCGAGGAUAGCUCCGCGCCCCCCCCGCCGCGGCGCCACCACCUGCCGCGCGUGGCGCUCUGCGGCCCGGAGGACGAGCCGCGCUGCUUCAGCCGCGACGAGGUGGUGAGCUUCAUCGACGAGACGCCGGUGCCCAGCCCCGGGAGGAGCCCGCGGCGACGCGCCUCCUCCGCCGUCCCGCUGCCCGUCUCGCCGGACCACCGCGGCGGUGGCGGCGGCGGCGGCGGGCUCUUGCUCCCGCACUUCACGCUCACGGACUUUGAGCGGGAGCCGCACGUGCUGAGGCGGCUCUCGGAGUAUGGGUGUGGCAGUCGGGGGGGCGGCGGCGGCGGGACCCCCGACGGCUCCCCGAGGACCGGGCACCACGGGAGCCCCGGGGGGCACGGCGGCCAGAGACACGCCCGCGAGGACCACCAGGCGCGGGGCGGGCCGGCGGCGUUCGGCCAGGGCCAGCAGGGGGUCGGACAUUCCCCCCGUAGGGCCGCUAGAACGGGCCGGGACAAGGGGCCAGGGGCGGAGAGGAAGGGGAGCAUGAACAGUUUUGUAAGCACCCCUUCGGCCUCCUCCUCGGGGUACAUCACCUUCCACUCGGACUCCGUGGGCUCCGCCACUUGAGGACCAUGGCUGACUUUUACUGCAGUGAUCUCCCACCUGCUGGGAUGUUACCUGAUGGAUGUGCCAACAAUCUCAUUUAUUACGGUAUACUCUGAUCCCAAAGUUAUCCGCGAGGAGCCCGCUGUCUCCUUGGAUAGAAGCAGGACGGUUUUCUGAAGGGACCCUGGAACCCUUCCCGCCUCUGAAACGGCGACGUAGACAUUGAGGACUUUAGCUUUUGCGUGGGCCACUAAGGACACCCUACGGGUGUCCCCAGCGCAGACACCUCGUUUGAAACCUCUUCUCUUGCCUUGUUUUGUCGCUGUUCGGUGUUGUUACCAGGAGGCCUCCAAGGUAUGCAGGACAGGACGGAGGCGCAAUAGUGGAGGGGAUAUAUUAGUUUUGCGCAUUUGCCAAUUUAAAAAAAGAUUAUCGAGUCGUGAAAGAUGUAUUUUUCUCGGGUGAGCGUUUGUUUUGUUGUACCAAGACAUUUUUUUUAAACCAGUCUAUCUCCCUGACUUAUGGGUGUCAUUUUUACUGUGUACCAUGAGGAUUAGGUAACACUCCUUUCCGGGGGUCAUCGUUUGGUUUGGUUCGUGUUAUGAUGUGUAUUCCUGGUUUCCAUUGCUUCAAUCGCUAUCGUUCAUGAAUCCUAAAACACACACGCUGUCUGAUCGACAAACAUCUUUUAUGUCAGAACACAGACGAUGAUUUAAGCCCAUCUCCUAAAUGCAAAUCUCUUUUCCAAUGUGAAACAUCCACAUGUCAUACCAACACCUCACAGCAGAGGGAUUCAGGAGCGCAUUGGUGGUCUGAGCUGAUUGAAAAGUCACGUGGUAAACGGACGACUUUAGAUAUUUGUUUUUUCGUUGUUCUAUUUUGAUUUUGUAUUUGAUAUUUUUGACAAACAACCAUUACAAACGGUUUAUUCACGGAUGUAAGGGCAAUGCAGCAAGCAAACACUGCUUUACAGAGCAGUAGAGAGGAGCAGAUCACUCAGAUAUUUUGCCUUGAUUGAAAAAGCACUUAAGAAUUCCAUGGUAAGCGGUUUGGGUCCAGGGUUUUGGGUUUAGGGUUCAGAAUCAAUUAUCUAUUGGUCCCUAGUACCAGUGAGGUUAACCUUGCAACUGAUCUCAAGAGUAGCACUGCUGAAACACAGGGUUUCACACCUUCAACCUACUAUUAUAUAUGCAUCCUUAAGAAGAUUCCUAGGGAUCGGGAAUGAUGCACUGUUUAAAACCAAAGCUGUCCCACUAGUUCAGUCCGCAUUUGUGGUGGAGGGAAAAAUAAAUAAACGUCUGCAAUGAUUUACAACUGUAUUGAUGACACCCUUCUGAUCACUUUGGCCUGAGAUUGAUCACACACACACACACACACACGUUCCCCUCCCUGACUAAGUCUGGUUUGACGUUUUCCCGAGUGCUGUUAGGUGUGACCAUGGUAGGCGUGUUAUUUUUAUUUAGUUUGGAGCAUGCCGUACCCCUGUUGUGUUGAAAUGGAAGUCCUCUCAAGGAUUUGUAGAUAAACGAUGAAGUAUGAGACUGACAUUGAGGAGAAGGAGGGAGAGUUAAGAGUUUGAAUCAGAUUCCCCACCACGUUUGGUUGGACUCACAUGAGAGCCCAGAAGUAGUUCAGGUUUCAAUGAUUAGGGUUAGGGAAUGGAAUCGUCGGACUAGGGGCCGUAGCAAAAAAAUAUAGUAGGAGUGGAAAAGGCAAUGGCAAAAGUAGCAUUAGCAUUAGGGUUAGUGUGAGUUUAUACCCAGCUGCCCAUAUAUGGCCUGCUUGUCCCUUAUCAAUUUCCAUGAAUGGACCCGAGUGCAGGGUGGAAAAGCCAAUCAGGACUCUCCGAUUCAUGUGUCCUAUAGACGCAAACCACAGUCUUCCUCAAUUCUGGAUCAUUUGGAUAAUCUUGGGUUUAUCAAUCUUAAAGGUGCAUGUUAAAGAUCUUUGACUCGGGAGUGUGUGGUUCUUCCAGAACGGAAAUUCACAUAUCAGUGGAUGCUCGAGGCUGGGGCCUCUGUUCAUCACUCAACAGUGUAUUUACCGGAAUGUAUUUGCACAUGUUUAGUUACAAAUUUGCCAAGAAAUAAUUUAGCGGUCCAAAAACAUGACCUUAUAAUGUGCGAUGUAUCCCGGUAAUAAUUUGAUAACCUUAUCAUUUGUGAAAGCAGCGUUUUCUACGUCCUCCCUCACAACGGCAUUGCACACAUUUAGCGUCGAUUUUUUGACACUUUUAUUGACAUGAUGAACAUGUAAUGCUUUUUGCAGAAUCUCCGAAAAUAGCACACCUCUGAUAAUGACCUGAUCAAUUAGUUUCACUUUGAUUUGCGAAAAUAUUGACUUUUGUAUUCCUGUUAGAUUUUGACUUGAUUUUAUCUUUUGGUUUUUAAAUUCCACCAUUUUUUUGUGUUUGCGAUAUAAAACUAUAAUUUUGUAACAUAUUCAAAGAUUUAUGACUGUCGAAAUAAGGAACGUUGUUAAAUGUUAGUUUUUUUCUUGUUCAUAUGACGGCUUUGUUAAGAAGAUGAAAAUUAACAUAUCUCAAAUAAAAUUCACUUGGGCAUAUACACUACAUUUGUUCUGAAGGUUUUUCCAUGAUAUUAGCUUACUCCGACCGUAUGUAUGAAAUAUUACAUCAUAUCAAGCAAAUAAGCAGGGAUUUUAUUUAUAUCAGGUUAACAUUUUGUCAGCUUUAUGUCUACCAAGUAACGCCGACGAGUUUGACACAUUAUUGAUCCAACGCUAUGGUUCGGAUUGGGGAGGACAUGAUUGCAGUUAUAAACUCCCUCUAUCUCCUAUUUUUAAUUUAACUAUUGACUAAUAUUUUCAUAAUAUAUUAUUGUUAAAUGUGUUGAUUGUAUUAGUAUGAUAUUAGUAUUAUUUUUACUUGACCAUUUUUUCUCUUUUCUUUUUUUUAAAUUGUUCAA